AAGAAGAAGAAGAAGAAGAAGAAGAACUGUCACGUGACUUUUUGCGACAUUGGAAACGGAAAAAGAACAAAAUGGAGGAGUACGCUAGGGAGCCAUGCCCCUGGAGGAUAGUUGAUGAUUGUGGGGGUGCCUUCACCAUGGGAGCCAUAGGUGGAGGAAUAUUUCAGGCUGUCAAAGGCUUUAGAAAUUCACCUUCUGGCAUGAACCACAGGUUAAAAGGGAGCUUAACAGCCAUCAGGACCAGGGCACCACAGUUAGGAGGAAGCUUUGCGGUAUGGGGUGGGCUUUUCUCAAUGAUUGACUGCGGUUUAGUGAAAGUCCGUGGAAAAGAGGACCCAUGGAACUCGAUAACUAGUGGAGCCAUGACAGGUGCAAUUCUUGCUGCAAGAAACGGGCCUGUGGCUAUGGUUGGUUCUGCAGCUAUGGGCGGCAUACUGCUAGCCUUGAUAGAAGGUGCGGGAAUCCUCCUCACAAGGUUUGCUUCAUCGCAGCUCCCAACUGGCCCACAGUUUGAGGAACCAUCCCCGAUGCCCACAUCGUCCUUUGGUGACUAUAGACAGUACCAGUGAGCAGCCACAUUAUUUUCAAACCAUUUUAAUAUUCCAUGGACUCAUGAGGUAUUACAAUCACACAGAGGAUCAAUGGAAUUCUUCAUUUAAGAAGUACAUACCAGUGCAAUCCACCCUUAAACAAGUUUGUUGAAGAACAGAAAAGGAAAAACCCUUUGCCCUUCUUGGUCUUCUAAAGAUAUUCAUAAUCUCAGCCAGAUGUCUUUCUUUGCUUGUUUGGACAAGAGGAGAUUUCUCUUUUGUGCUUUUUCUAUGAAUAAAGUGUCUUUUGUUUUUCAUUACCAUUUUAAUGUUUGUAAUAGCAUAUAAAGACAACUUUUAGUUGUGUGAAUCUUUGCAGUUGUAAAAUAUUUUGCCAGUGACUAUUUUGUCUUCUGGAGAGAGAAAGUUGUAAAAUAAUUUAAUACAUCUUUUCCAUUUAAA